AUGUCUCCCUUUGAACAUGGCGAGUUUUUUGUUCUUGAUGAUGGUGGAGAGGUAUUUUACCCUUCCUCUUUACAAAUAGGUGGUGAGAUGAACCUGGCUGCUGGCAUUCAGGUGGCUCAAUUGGCCCUCAAACAUCGCCAGAAUAAGAAGCAACAACAAAGGAUUAUAGUCUUUGCUGGAAGGCUAGUUAUACCAAGUUAUGCUUGUGAUUUCACAUUAUUUUUUGCCAGUUCUUGUAUACUUACCCAUUUUGACUUAUGUGUUGCUGUCAGUGCUGUUAAACAUGAAAAGAAGACUUUGGAGAUGAUUGGAAGAAAGUUAAAGAAGAACAGUGUAGCCCUUGAUAUCAUUAAUUUUGGUGAAGAAGAUGAAGAAAAGUCAGAGAAACUAGAAGCACUUCUUGCUGCUGUGAACAAUAAUGACACUAGCCACAUUGUUCAUGUUUCGGCUGGUCCAAGUGCUCUUUCUGAUGUACUCAUAAGUACACCUAUCUUCACUGGAGAUGGAGAAGGUGGGAGUGGGAUUAAGAUGAAGUCUAUUGUUGAAGCUUCAAAGCCGUGGCCAUCGCUUCCAGGGGUUGACCCAAAUGAUCCUUCAGUAAGACACUUGCUUGCUUCUAUCCAAAACCAGUCAGAGAGGGAGUUUACGAAUUUUGUUGAUGGUGAUGGUGUUGGUGACAUUGAUGACACUACUACUCAACAACAAGCAGAAGAGCAGGGUCAUUGGUCUAGCUUCUAUUGA